AUGGAGCAGAGGAUCCAAGGAAUCUUGACUCGUCUGGCCUCCAGCGAAGGUUCCGCCGGCCGUCCAUCGCAUUCCAGGUUGAUUACGCAAACACCAGCAAAUACUCAUGGCCUUCCGUUCCCACUGUUCACGCAGACUGCGUACACAAUGCCAGUGAAUCUGCCGCCUUUCCAGUUCUCAAAUAUUGUGUUCGAUGGAUUUCAAGAUGCCGUUUCCAAAGGCUACGUCAGCUUCGAGCAAGCCGAGGCCUCGCUACAGAUGUUUCAGGGCGAAGCUCGCAAUUUCCCAUUCGUCCUCAUUGACCCAACCAUGGGAUUGGAUAUUUUUCGCCGCAGAAGGCCAUUUCUUCUCCUCUCCAUCCUUACUUUUGCUGCGCAGUGGAAUUUAGCACUGCAGGCGAAACUGGAAGCCGAGCUCAGGGAGUCAUUGAGUCGAAGAUUGAUUGUGGAACGUGAGAAGAGUCUGGAUCUCCUGCAGGGUCUUCUGGUCUACGUGAACUGGUAUCAUUUCCAAUUUGAUCCCGCACGUCAAAUGUUGUAUCAGCUCGUGCAGAUGGCCAAUUCCUUAGCUCUUGAUCUUUGCUUGGACAGACCCGUGCGGCAGGAACUACCCGUCAAUCCGGCAAGUCUUGUCCCAGAGCUUCGGACCAAGUCCGUACUGGCCCCGGACGAAGUCGAAGGACGGAGGGCGCUUCUCGGGUGCUAUUAUCUGUCUUCGUCGAUAUGCUUCGCAAUGAGGAAGCCAAACAAUUUGCCACACAGCCCUUAUAUCAGUGGGUGCAGCGAAUUGCUUGCAGGGAUCGGAGCCGCAGCGUCCGAUGCACUUCUUCCUUCCUAUGUCCAUCUACAGCGUCUUCAGGAAGACAUCAACCAGGCAUUCAAAUAUGACAGUCCCGAUCGACAAGACGAGCUCAACGUCGAAAAGAUCGAGAUUCUGUGCAACAAAUUCGAACAACAGCUUGAACAAUUACGGUCAGCACUUCCAUUCAAUGUGUGGAACAAUGCUAAGCUAGUUUCUUCUUAUCGUGCGAUCAAGAUUUACGCAAGAGAGAUCGGCUUCCACGCCCAACCACCUUCAGCAUUCAGCGUGCCUGUUUCCGGAUCGAGUUCAUCAUGGUAUGAUUCGACCACUCGACACAAUUGCUUACUCGGAUGUUUGGAAGCCACGAGGGAAUACUUGGACCAUUUCUUGUCUCUCCCAACGGCUGAUAUCCUCGGGUACACUACGCCUGACCUUUUGAGGUUGCUCUACGCCAUGCUUGUUCUCGGAAGAUUUUCCUCUGGGGUUGAUGCCCCUUUGUUGGAUACCAACCUCCUCCAGACCAUGGCUAAUCUCAGAAACUACCUCGGAUCCCUCGCAGCGAAGCUUCGAGACGUCCUGGCCAGUAUUCACAACCCAUCCAAUCACUAUCUAGUAUACUUGUGUCGCAUGUUUGAAGACCCCAAGAAAUGGUAUGGGCCAGCUUUAACAAGCGCUCACGCUAUCCAUGAAGAUCUGUUCGCUCCUAAACUCACACAAACGAGUACGAAGCCUCUGCGGCUGCCCCUAGGGCAUGACUGCUUGGAUUUCCCAGGGGGUCCGUCAAGUUGUCCAUACGCCAAAUCUCCCUGGAAGAAACCCAGCGAAAGCUCGGACCCUUCGGAGGCGUUCAUCAAGUGGGGAGAUACUGGGAGCGGGUGA